CAGGUGAAAGUGUUUCAGAGAACACAUAAUGGAACUGACAUUAGGUCACACUUGGAAUGGUAGAAUAUAAACAAUCUUAAUGAUAUCAGUUGUCAGAUGUUUAUUUGAUCUGAAUGUUAACUGAGUAUUUUUCUUUCUGCUAUUGGACACAGGAUGUUGACAGAUGGCCUUGGGUUAUGCGUUUGAUUGGAUUGUAACAAUCAACACGUUAUCCCUGUGAAUCACAAGCAGUUGCCAUGGUGCAGGUGAGAGAGGUCAUGGGGCCAUGGGCAGUUCCAGGGUUGGGGUCAUUCUCUUCAGAUUUCGUCGUGUUCUCUCUGCUCUUCCUCCUCCUCUCCAUCAUCCUCGCCCUCUGCACUAACUGUAGAAGGCAUUCCUUUACGCUCCGGGAUGGUGGUGAGGAGGUGGACAGAACCCAGUCACAGCUGGUCAGAGUGGUGAGAGAUGGGACGGGCAACAACAAUGAUGACAGCUAUGUCCUGACCAGGGUUACACUUGGGGUGGGCGCUCAGAAGUCGGUUAGAUUGGAGGUGAAGCUAGAAGAUGCCCUGGCCGCCAGGGAGAACCCAAUGAUCAAUGACAUCAGAAAAGAUGAGAGUGAUUUCAGUCCCAGACCUGAGGACAGUGUCAUUGGUGUACCGGAUCAGCCUCCUGCUGAGCAGGAUGUCACCUGGUUGAAACCCUGGAGGAGCCACAGGGAGGCACCUGAUCAAGGUGAUUCUCCAAGUGCCUUGCAGAUUGCCAACAGAACCCCCAUGGUCAUGACGAUUAUAUCUCCUUCGCCUCCAGCAACCGUCGACAUUGGUGACCUGAGUGAUGUCCUGAACUUCACACCUGAGCUCCACUUUAUCCCAGCCCCCAUUGUCAUGGUGGAAGUCGACACCCCCCUUGAAUCUUUAUCCCCACCUGUCUAUUCAGAGGACACCCUAGAUGCCACAAUCGUGAGCAGUUUUGAACCUGUUGAUGUCCCCAUUGUGGAGGUCCCCAUCAUGAGCAGCCUUAAACCUGUUGCUGUCCCCAUCCUUGAACCUCUGGUUGUCCCCAUCGUGAGCAUUCUUGAACCUGUGGAAGUCCCCAAUGUGAAUGUCCACAUCGUGAGUAGUUUUGAAUCUGUGGAAGCCCCCAUCGUGGAUCUCCCCAUCAUGGAUGUCACCAUUGUGAACAGCCUUGAACCUCUGCAAGCCCCAAUUGUGGAUGCACCCAUCGUGAGCAGCCUUGAACCUGUUGAACAUGCAGAUGCCACUGUCAUGAAUGACCUUGAUAUCCUGAAUGCUCCAGUUGGCUUAGAGAACCUGGAUGCCCCAGUCAUCAACAGUCUUGACACACUGGUGCUGGACGCUCUUAUUGUAAACAGCCUUGAACCUGUGGACAUCCCUGUCAUCAAUGACCUUGACACUCCAGAUACCCCCAUCAUAAAUAUUCUUGACACCCUGGAGCUGGAUGCUCCCAUCAUAGAUGUCCCCAUUGUGGACAGCCUUGCACCUGUGGAAUUCCCCAUCAUGAAUGACAUUGACCUCCUGGAGAACCCUGCGGAGUUCAGCUCCAGCUUUAACCCUCAGCUUGAAGUAGAGGUUCAUGUGGAGGGUGAGGACCAGAACCAGGGGCUUUGUCUGUGUGUCCAACCUCAGCGUACCUAUGAGAUCAUUGGGGAGCCCAAUCCUGAUGAACCCUCUGGAAGUGGACCUGGCAACCCCAGGCUCUCAAACCAUAGCUGAACUGGUCCAUAACUCCACCACACAUUCUGACGAUGACACAACCACAGUCACCGAGCCAGCGGACCUGGAAAGCCCAGGCUAUGAUACUAUAGCUGAACUGGUCCAGGAUUCGAGUGCAACCACACUGCCUGACGAUGACCCUAUCACAACCACAGUCACAGAGCCAGGGGAUCAGAUAACCCCUGCGUAUGAAACCAUUGCUGAACUGGUCCAUAAAUUGAGCGCAACCACACUGCCUGACGAUGAGCCAAUAAGAACCACAGUCACAGAGCCAGGAGAAGGGCUUGACCUUACAAGCCCUCUCUCAGUGGCAGAGGAGGGUUUCUGUGACGGGGUGGAAUCCAAUGUACGCUAGAGUGAGAAAGAAGCUUAGUAAAAGUACCACCCCACCACCUGUGCUUCCAUCGGAGGACGAGGAACCGGAGGGAUUUUCACCUCCAUUACCAGAGAGAAGUGGAGAGAUGGAGGGAUGAUCAUUGUAGAAUAUCUCAUAAGACUUCAAAUGUGUGUUACGUCAUCAAUUAUAUUUAUAUAGACUCAACUGUGUCAUUUCUGGUGGAACAUGUCUCAGAUGAUGAAGAUAAGGGUUGUACCCAGUACAUAUCUUAUACGAUCUCAUAUGAGACGGGUAUCUCACUGUCCUAUCCUUCAUAUACACUAUUUCCAGUCCUUUCAUUAGCUUUGCAUUGAACUCCGUACAAUGCUAUGCUACAUAUUCCAUAAGGAAGGACCCUAAGCCCAGAGUAGAACUGGGUCACCUAACAUGUUCCAGAGUAGGCUUUAUGUUUGUAUUUACUAACACAUUACAGUGUGAAGUGGCAAUUACACAGUAAUAAAUCAUUGAGUUACAGGUU